CGCCUGUUAAUUUUCGAUAUCCCUCCAUCAUUUUUUCUUAUCCCGCCUACCGAUUUUCAUUAUCCUGCCACUUGACCUGGUAUACGACUCUCUACGACUGCGACCACUUUAGAAAGUUAGAAUCCAGCGAUCGAAAACCCUAAUUUCAUAAAACAACUUGAAUUCGAAGCUUAGGCCGCUAUUUUCACUAGAGUCGCAACAAUCAAAGACUCUAAUACUAUGAAACAACUCGAACCGAAAACUUUAUCGCCACAAACUAGAGCAUGCUAUUGAGAAUAAAUACGAUGGAUGAUGAGCUGCAACAACAAGCACAACCACAACCCCAGCCAGGGUCACAACCUAAGAAAAAAAAACAACUAAACGACUAUUUGACCAUACUGAGCAACAAGAAGUUGAUUUCAACAAUAUUGGUCAACAUAUUGGGAAUAAACAAAUGCCGGUCUGAAAAUGAUAAUUUGUGGCAGACUAUUAAGAGCCGUUGGAAUAUUCAAAAUGACAAUCACAAAGCAUCAGUUCUUAGAACAUGCAACAAGAGGAUAUCAUCAAAGGAAUUUCAUGAACAAAGUGAGAAAGCAAGCACGAGUUCGAAGCAUAAUACAAAUCCGACCCGAGUAGUCCCACAUGGGUAUCGGGGAAAGAAACCUCAGUUACAAAAAGUGAUGGCAUCUGGUGAGUUGUCGUCUCAAUUGUAUGAGAUAAAAAGUGAGCGUUCAAGAGAUUAUGUCAUGGGUCGAAGAUCUAAAAAUGAGUCCGGGUCAAACAUAAUCCCACCGAAAAUACACCCUAUAGUUGAAAAGCUUGUAGAUGUCCAAGCUAAAAUAUCCAAAGGAGAUCUGGUGCUUACUCCUAGAGAAGAUUUGUUGACAAAUGUGAUAGGACCGGAGCACCCUGGUCGUAUAAGGGCGGUUGGCCAUGACAUUGGAACAACGAACAAAGCAACAAAAUGCGACCACAAGUUUGAUACCAGCAACCGCAGGGGGUGGUACGAAGAACAUGCCUGGCCAAACAACCAACAAAGCAAGACCAAUCGAGUUUUUUCGUGA